AUGAAGGAACAGGUAAGGGUGCAUGGGAUCAAAUCGGAGGGGGAGGGCGACCGGAUCCAUUGGGGACAAGUCAUAGAUGGGGUAAUCUAUGGCAUGAUAAAGGAGGCACCUCGAGGGACUGACUUCGGGGACGGUGACAAGGAGAUGAGAGUAUUCACACAGGAGGAAUGGGGGGGUCUACUUAGGAAUAUGAAGGAAUACGACUGCGAUUCGAAUAAUUAUGGGCAGGAGUUAUUAAGGGUUAUUUCCUGCAUAGUACUGAAGAUAGUAGGAGCUGAAUCAGGAACGGAGAAAGAGCAACAACAGCUCAAGUCAUGGUGUCAGGACGUGUAUGAAAAGUUAGGGUAUGAAGGAAUGCGAUUAAGAAAAAGGGAGGACGGGUUAGGAUUCAAACUGGAAGGGGCCAAGGGAACGUGUCAGGGUAGUACCGGCUACGGGAACUGUCAGGAGGAGUCUUUAAGACUCUUAUGGAGCGUCAUGAGUUCUCUUGGGCGAUUGUGUCAGGGAUGUGGAUUAAGGGGAGUGGAGGAAUGGUUAGGUAGAGGCGUAAAGGGCACAAGGAAAGACUUCCUAUAUUGUGAGUUCCCCAGCCAGGGUUCAUUAAGGUGCACUGAGGAUUCCGAAAAUAGUAGCGACAAGGUGAAGAUUAAUGUAUACAGUCGAAUCAGCCCAGCCGCCCUCUCCCCCACCUCCAAAACCCAAGAAGGAGAACCCCUAAAGAGUCCAAUGCCGAGCCAGGACCCUCGUCCUUCCACAGCUGAACACCCCCAGGAACAACAGCCAGGGAGGCGGGAUGGGUUCACUGGCAAAGAGCAAAACGGGGCCUCUCCACCACAGCACAAAGCGCCAGGAGCAGGAACUGAUGGACACACCACAGAAACAGGUUCUCCGGACGAUCUCACCGCGAGAAAUGAUACAGACGGCGGGAGGAAGGGCCCGAUGGGGGAGGAGGAUACAGCUCCAGUGUCUACCACAACGGGAGCAGCUCCCGCCACAGGUCCCCAGGCGACAGAGAGGAACUCCCAUGCGGCCACUGAUGUGUCUGCAAAAUCCAUAACCCAGAAAACAAGAGAGGGGCCCUUAGUUAAUACCAAAGAUGGGGGGCAAGUGGAGGGGGGGGGAUAUGGAGGAGUAAUAGGGGGGGUUACCAGCAUCAUAGUUUUAGGCACAAUAGCCGUCUAUGGAUAUUGGAGAAUAUUUGGAAGGCGUCGGAGGGCUAGAAGCACAAAUUGGAACACACGUGGGACGGAUCAUAUAGCCUAUAUGCCACAGGAGCAUUAG